AUUCAGGCGUUGUUUCACGUUCGUAGUGUAGAUUAAUUUUGUGCCGGUAUAAAAGUAUCUUUUAAAACAUUAUGUCUGUGAAUAAAACUGAAAAGAAUAUAAACAUGGAUGAAACGUUGGAGAAUAAUAUUUCAGAGAACAAACCGUCACUGACGCGGACAAUCAAGAUAAUCAGCAAAAAGUGUCCGAAACCUAAAAUAUGCUGCGAUUGUCUCACCCAAUACGCUCUGCAACAACUCAAAAAAAAGAAAUGUUGUUGCAAUAGCACACUGGACGAUGAUAGCUCCUGUUCCGAUAGCUUCGAUUCAUCAAGUGAUUCAUCCGAGUCAUCAUGUUGUAGUUCCACUGAUGAUGAAACCACAUGCUCUUGUAGCGAUUGUAACGACAGCGAUAGUAGUUAUGAUUCAGAAAAUAGCAGUUACACAACAUCCAGUUCGAGUGAUAGCGAAUCAGAAUCGAACUACCGUCGUUCCGUCGUCUACCCCAGCAAACGAUAAAACGCUUACCUGUAUUUCUAUCUAAAUGUACCCAUAUUUUUUUGAUUCAAUAAAGGUUUCUUCUCCCUUAAA